CUCUGACUUGUAUCUCACUUGAACAGCGAGUAACUCAUCAUGCCUGAUCCAGCACCGAAAACAGCGCCCAAGAAGGGCUCCAAGAAAGCCGUGACCAAGACCGCCGGCAAGAAAGACAGAAAGAGGAGGAAGACCAGGAAGGAGAGCUAUGCUAUCUACGUCUACAAGGUGAUGAAGCAGGUCCACCCCGACACCGGGAUCUCCUCCAAAGCCAUGGGCAUCAUGAACUCCUUCGUCAACGACAUCUUUGAGCGUAUCGCCGGGGAGGCCUCCCGUCUGGCUCACUACAACAAGCGCUCCACCAUCACCUCCAGGGAGAUCCAGACCGCCGUCCGCCUGCUGCUGCCCGGCGAGCUGGCCAAGCACGCCGUGUCCGAGGGGACAAAGGCCGUGACCAAAUACACCAGCUCCAAGUAAACGGCUCCGCUUCCUCCCAACAUCAAACCAAAGGCUCUUUUAAGAGCCACACACUUUAUUCAGAAAGAGCAAAGUUUCAUCAUGUGUUUCAUAACUUGCAAGAUACUAAACAUUUUAACUACUUUGUUAAACCUCACUAAAGAGAUCCCAUAUUUGCUGUAAUUUUAUUUAAACUAAUAACAUUCUUUACUACAAUAUUUUAAUGGUAAAUAAAAGAUUUUCUGCUACCAGUAAAGAAAAUGCCAGCACUGCUUCUGACAUUAGAUAUUAUAUAUUUUAUAGAUGACUGAGGUGAGACUAGUUUGCUCUAAAGUAAUACAGGGAGAUGUCUGGCUUUCCACUGCCAGAGGUUUUAAAGAUGUAUUUGGAAAUUAAAUAUAAUACAAUCACAGGUA